AUGUCUGCUCCCGCCUCCAAGUUCAAGGUCGCCGACCUGUCCCUCGCUGCCUUUGGCCGCAAGGAGAUUGAGCUCGCCGAGAACGAGAUGCCCGGUCUGAUGGCCAUCCGCCAGAAGUAUGCCUCGGACCAGCCUCUCGCCGGUGCUCGCAUCGCCGGUUGCCUGCACAUGACCAUCCAGACCGCCGUCCUGAUCGAGACCCUGACCUCGCUCGGUGCCGAAGUCACCUGGACCUCGUGCAACAUCUUCUCCACCCAGGACCACGCCGCCGCUGCCAUCGCCGCUGCCGGUGUCCCCGUCUUCGCCUGGAAGGGCGAGUCCGAGGAGGAGUACAACUGGUGUCUGGAGCAGCAGCUUGGCGCCUUCAAGGACGGCAAGAAGCUGAACCUGAUCCUCGACGACGGCGGUGACCUGACCCACCUCGUCCACGACAAGUACCCCGACCAGCUCAAGGACUGCUUCGGUGUCUCGGAGGAGACUACCACCGGUGUCCACCACCUGUACCGCAUGAUGAAGGAGAACAAGCUGUUGGUCCCCGCCAUCAACGUCAACGACAGUGUCACCAAGAGCAAGUUCGACAACCUGUACGGCUGCCGCGAGUCUUUGAUCGACGGUAUCAAGCGCGCUACCGAUGUCAUGAUUGCUGGCAAGAUCGCCGUCGUCGCUGGCUUCGGUGAUGUCGGCAAGGGUUGCGCCAUGGCCCUCCACGGCAUGGGUGCCCGCGUCAUCGUCACCGAGAUCGACCCCAUCAACGCUCUCCAGGCUGCCAUGGCCGGCUUCCAGGUCAUCCCCAUGGAGAAGGCCGCGCCUCUUGGACAGAUCUUUGUCACCACCACCGGUUGCCGUGACAUCCUGGUCGGUGACCACUUCAACGCCAUGCCCAACGAUGCCAUCGUCUGCAACAUUGGUCACUUCGACAUUGAGAUCGACGUCGCCUGGUUGAAGAAGAACGCCAAGAGCGUCCAGAACAUCAAGCCCCAGGUUGACCGCUACGUUAUGGCCAGCGGUCGACACAUCAUCUUGUUGGCUGAGGGCCGCCUCGUCAACUUGGGCUGUGCUACCGGUCACUCUUCCUUCGUCAUGUCCUGCUCGUUCAGCAACCAAGUCCUUGCCCAGAUCAUGCUGUUCAAGGCCGAGGACAAGGCUUUCGGCCAGAAGUACGCCGCCUUUGCCAAGGCCGGAAAGCUUGAUGUCGGUGUCUACGUGCUGCCCAAGAUCCUCGACGAGGAGGUCGCCAGGCUGCACCUGGCUCACUGCAACGUCGAGCUCACCGCCCUCACCAAGACCCAGAGCGAGUACCUCGGCUUGGACGUGGUUGGUCCCUUCAAGAGUGACCACUACCGAUACUAG